UGAAAUUGGCGUCUCCUGCGUUUGGGUAACUAUGGAAACGGUGACGCAUGCGCAGCUGAGUCUAUUUGAAAUUGCGACACCCAGAUUCGACGUACGACAGAUGAACUUUAGUAACGAAGAAAGGACAACAAAAGGCAAAUUCUCACUCUGUCUCUCUUUCUCUCUCUUUUUGUCCUUCCCAUAUCACUGGUUCUGAAACUCUGCCCAGCAAAGGAGCAUAUGUGAUUCUCCGUGAAAAGUGCCUUCCCGUACUUGACAUGGCCAACCCUUUACGGGGUGAGGUGAUCAGGCUUUACAAAACAUUGCUGUACCUUGGACGUGAAUAUCCUAAAGGGUCAGCCUAUUUCAAGGAACGCCUGAAGUCAGCUUUCUUGAAGAACCAAGAUGUAACUGACCCUGAGAAGAUCCAAAAGCUCGUGGACCGUGGACAGUUUGUUAUCAAAGAACUGGAGGCUCUCUAUUUCUUAAGGAAAUACCGUGCCAUGAAGAAGCGCUAUUACGAUCCAGAAGAAAAAUGAUGAUUUAUUCUGCAUGGUUACUUUUUGAUGAGCUUCCAUGUUACAGAAGUAUUGGGAACUUGGAUAUAUAUCCAGUAACAUCCAAGACUUGUGACGACAGAAAAAGUUACCUUUAUUUCAUUUUCUCAGUGCAGUGAGGCCUUUGUCUGUGUAUUCAAUUUGAAAUACUAUUUUCUAAUAAGGCAAAUUUUAGCUCCAUCUCUAAUGAAUGCCAAGAAGUGCUGGUAGCUGUUUCUACUAAAGGUGCUUUGCAUUUUUACAAGCAUAUCUGCACCUUUAGGAUAAAUCUUUCAUGUCUUGAACAUAAUGUUAUUUUCACAGGUUUGCAGGGUGAUAGAUGGCAGAUAUGGGCAAUAUUUUGGAAGUAUGACACAAUCAAGAAAUAUUCCAAAUGACCCAACAUUAGUUCACUUACCAAACUUCACUACAGUCAUCUCACAGUGAAGUAGCAGGUCAAUCCAAGCCAUACUGUAAUGGUAAUUUGAGAUCAUUUGUAUUUACUUUUCCAUCGUCAAGGCCAUAUCAGAAGACAUCUUUGUGGCCUGUAAUACUCUUGAGGAGACCCAUAUCAUGACGGUUUUUUUGGUUUUAUUGUGGAGUGAAAUAUCAAGAGCAAUGACAAACCUAAUGAAUUUCUCUUAUUUGCAAUGUGCUAUUUGUUAUUGCAAUUAUUGCAAAUGUUAUUUCUUAUUGCAAUGUGAUAUUUGUAAAUAGAGGGUCAAAUCUUAAGGACAGCCUGUAAUUUUCAUUACCAUGUGUGGUAUUAUUAGGUGUUAAGGAGAACAGCAAAAAAGGAAAACACUUCACAUAAAUGUUUAUUUGAAGCAUUAGUGUCCCGUAUUGUAAUAAAUUAUACAAAA